GACGUGUUUCCUGUUAAUUAUCAAGAGGCGAAACAGGCAUUGCAAAUUCGUAUUUUUAAAAACGAAACAUGCAUUUGACAGUAAAGGUGUUAAAUGGUGAAGAAUGUUCCAUUGCUGCAUCACCAAGCAGUACAGUGUUAGAUGUCAAACAACAGGUGUCGGCAUUGUUGUCUGUUCCAAUACAGGAUCAAAAGUUACUAUAUUUGGGUAAACCACUUCAAGAUGAACGAGUUCUGAGUGAAUACAGUGUCAAAGAUGGCGGGAAGCUGAUGCUAGUUAUUAAGAAGUCCACGACCACACCCAGUUCCGACAACGCUAAAUCUCCCGAACUAUCAGUGGCUGACUUGGCACCAGUGUGGCAGAAACUGUUGGUGUUUUUAAACAGACACUUCACCUCAAAGGAUGCACAGUUGGUUCUACUAGAGUUUAAAAGGGAUUUUGAAAAGGGUCUAUCCAGCCUGAGUCUUGAUGAUAUUGAGAGACUGGCCCAGUCCAAGAUGCCCGAGUCAGAGGAAAGAUAGCAGUGCAUAAACGACAGAACUGUUAAACUGUGUUUCACUGGAUGCUUUAACAACCAACACAAAUCAUACAACAGCCAUGCUUAUAAAACUUUAAAGUUCAGGCUGUCGCAAAAUCUCCCAACUUUAUCUACAUGUCAUUAGCAUGGGGGAGACUCUAUCAAAGCUUUAAGUUUAGACCUUUUGUGAGUACACUGUGAGAUCUGUAAUACUCUUGGGUUUAGGGUUAGACUUACAAAAGAGAAAUUGAUUAUUGUAAUCUGGCACUCAGUUAAAUUACCCCAUCUCUGUCGAAUUAAAAAACAAAAAAACAAAUCUGGUACAAAAAGUAAAUUUUUUGUUUUAGCACAAAUGCUAAUAACAAACAUGUUAAUAUAAAAUGUACAUAACCAAAAGUGCCAGGUUCAUGUAUGUGUAUGAUACGAAGUUCUGCUGUUGUUUUUGGUUGAAGAGAUGAACUGGGUUUUUUUUUUUUUACUGUUAACACUUAGCUAUUUGAAUUUUUAAGCAAAUCCCAUAAACCACUUUUCUACUUUGUCAGUGUAUAUAUGAAUUUAUAAAUAAUUUCUCACAGUAUUACUCUUAUAAAUAAUCAUAUUAUUAUUAUUCAUAUGUAUAACUCUAUGCUACGUUUUCAGCUGUAUGAAUUUUUUUUUUUGACGGCCACAAUUGUAAAAAAAAAUUAAAUCACCGAUCCCCAUGGCUAGUGGAUUUUAUAAAACUUUUACAAGCCCUGAUAGUGGUGUGGUGCCUUUAGUCAUGAUAUUGCUAUCAGACAGCCAAACAUUCAAAAACAAUUUAUUCUGUCAUAUGCUUGUUUUUUUGUUUACCAAUUUCGAUACAUGGGCCAGAAUAUGGUCAUGACAGGCAUGCAUUGUAACAGCCUGUAUGACCAGUCAGGUUUUUUUUUACAUGUAUUUGUUUUUCGCUGUUGAAAAUUAAACUAAAAAUCAAAAUUGCAUCUUAGUGUUCUUCAUUAUAAAGUACAGAUGGACUUUUAUUAUCUAGUGUGGAAAAUUAUAAUGCAUGUCAAACUAGUAAUGUAUAUUACUAAAUCAAUACAAAAUUUUAAACAUGAUAUAAAAACUGAAAGUAAAAAUUAAGACAUA